AUGAGCAAUAUUUCAAGGACUGGUAACGGCACCACCCAAGCUUGUGCAGCUUGCAAAUACCAACGCAGGAAGUGCGCUCCUGACUGCAUUCUCGCCCCUUACUUUCCUCACAAUCGCCAAAGACAAUUCCUCAAUGCCCAUAAAUUGUUUGGCGUCAGCAACAUUAGCAAGAUCAUCAAGAACCUUAACCUUCCUGAGAAAGACGAAGCUAUGCGUACCAUCAUUUUCCAAUCAGAUGUACGUGCGAAUGAUCCUGUCGGAGGCUGUUAUCGAAUGAUAAGAGAGCUUCAACGUCAAAUCGAAUUUACCAGGGCUGAACUUGAUUUUGUUCUUCAUCAGCUAGCUAUAUGUCGUGCUCAGGCAGCAGCUCAACAACAAAGUCAAUUGAUGGCAGCAGCGGCACCGCCUGAUCAUCAGACCGAUCAUGAUGAUUCAACAAGGCUUGAUUACGAGAAUAUCAUUAUUACAGAUACUUUCGACAUGUAUGAUCCAACUGUCAUACAAUAUCAUGAUGAGUACCCGCAAUCACAUCAAGAUCAACAAGAAUUUUCUGUCCUUAAUCAAGCAGUACAUUUACAAGAAGAUCAUGCAAAUGAAAAUGCGUGGGCGGCGCUGUCCGUGCAGGAUAUUAACCCUAGCUUGUCAAUAUCAUCGUCGCCUUACUUUGACGAUCAAGUUAAGCAAGCUUAUAAUGGUAAUGAUCAAUGUAGUACGCAUGAUGAUCUGAAGCCGCUUCUUGAUGUAAACGACGUCAACUUUGAGCCUGAUCAAGAUCAGUUAGUUGAUAAGAGGUUUGUACCAUCAACGGAGUUACUUAUGUCAUCAUAG